UAGCAUAUCUUUAAUGUACUGAGGCACCAGGACAUUCAGUUCUUUGUGAACCAGCAACAAAAUCUUAAAAUUGAUCCUAGUUUGGACCAGGAGCCAGUGGAGAGAUUUGAGGACUGGUGUGAUAUGUUCAAAUGUUUUGGUUCUGCAGCUGCAGAUCUUCAUUCUGAGCUGAGGGAGGAGGAGAGAAACGGCGAGGAUGGAGAAGGUUCUCCUGAGCAUCAUCUCUGCAGCAGGACUGUGUGCCGUUCUCUGUCAUGCUGAGCGUCGGUAUCAUUUUGUUUAUGAGGAGAAGAACAUGGCCGAGGCUCGGAGCUACUGCAGAGAGAAAUACACAGACCUGGCCACCAUAGACCACAUGAACGACGUGAAGAUCCUGAAUGACAUGGCAGAUUUGAGCAGAAUGAACUACUCAGAGUUCAGCUACCGAGCUUGGAUUGGUCUGUACGACGACAUGAACAGUUGGAGGUGGUCACUGACAAACACAAGUUUCUACAAACCUGGAGAGAACGAGUUCAGAAACUGGAAAUAUAGAGAACCUGGCAACUAUAAGGGCAGAGAGCACUGUGUGAACAUGGAACACAACGGACUGUGGAGAGAUGGUUGGUGUGAGUUCCCCCUCCAGCCAGUCUGCAGCGACAUUACAGGGUCCAAUGUGACAUUUGUCCUCGCCCCCACCACCAUGUCAUGGUCUGAUGCCCAGAGCUACUGCAGAGAACACCACACUGACCUGGCCAGUGUGAGGAACAUGGAGGAGAACCAGAAGAUAAGAGAGCAGAUAGGACAAGUUGUCUGGAUUGGCCUCUCCAGGGAGUCCUGGAAGUGGUUGGAUGGAAGUAGAUCCACAUUUAGGUACUGGAAAACUGGUGAACCAGACAACAAGUAUUGGAAUGCAAUGUGCGUGGCAGCUGACUUUGGAAACUCUGGCAAAUGGGAGGACUGGCCAUGCCACUACAAGAGAGCAUUCAUCUGCUACAGCGUCCCAGUCUCCAAACAAGUGAUCAAGGUGAGGCUGGUGAAGCAGAGCUCCUCUCUGGAUCUGAACGACCCUGCCGUGCUGGAGGACAUGCUGAAGGAGCUCAGACAGAAUCUGAGGGAUCAAGGAGUGACACAGGACGUCAGACUGAGCUGGAGGAAGCAGGCGGACGGAAAGGUGUUUCACAAAGAGAAGAAGAAGGAGAAGAAGAAGAGGAACAAAAUAAGAAUGACCAGAAAAAGUGAUCUCUAG